AUGGAGAAAAGUAACCAACUUGUGAAUGAGAAUCGUCGGAGUAAAAUCACCGACGAUAUUGCAAAUGAUGUUGGUCUGUCGUAUGGGUCUAUGCAGCCAAUCCUAACGUUUGCAAAGAAUUGGAUGCUUCACGACGACAAUACACUCUGUCACCUAGCUCUUCUCACUCCCGAGUUUCUCGCCAAAAACAACAAGGCAUCGCUUCCGCAAAAGCCCUAUUCACCGGAUUUCGUACCUGAAGAUUUAUGUUUCUUCCCAAAGAUGGAAAUUCAGCUCAAAGGUCGGCGUUUUAAAACGGUUGUAGAGAUCAAGAGCGACUCACAGAAGGUCCCUGACUCGUUUAAAGAAAACGAAUUCCAGGCUGGAUUCCAAAAGUGGGACGAAUGUCGGGAUCGGAAUAUUGGCGCGCAAGGUGACUAUUUCGAAGGAAAUAAUGUGAAAGGUAAAUAA